AAAUAUGUUGUGAGGUUAGGAACACUCACAACCAAAGAUGUGGCCUUUGAUGGCUACUCGGCAUUAAUGGCUCAUCAACACAUAACCUAGAGACUUCUCCGAGGAGGCACAUAUGCCAUGGGGCAGACUAUCCCGCAUCAUAGCAAUGAUCUUUGCAGCAAACUGGAAGAAGAGAGACAGUGACAUCAUCACUUGGCCUCUCCUCCCCCCCCCCCCCCCCGCCUCGAGCUCAAUACCUGGAGGAAUGUCUGGAUAAGGGUGGUCCCAGGCUGGAAGGUGGUCCCAGCCUGAGUCUUGGGGAGCUGUAACCUGCUUGUACCAUCUGUCAGGUUUGGGGAUCAUUUCUCCAUCCACCAGCUGGCCUACAACAAUGCUCCAGGCCCUCCAGACACCUUUCCCCAGCCUGCUUAAGUCUGAAGCAGGAACAGAAUAGACUGAAAAGCCACUAGAGAGGACUAUAAAGAGCCAGUGAGAAGAGCACAAUCCUCACUUAAGGCACCAUGAAGGCUCUUCUUCUGCUAGUAGCUGUUGGCCUUUGCUGGGCACAAUACAAUCCAAAUACAAAGUCUGGAAGGACGUCUAUUGUCCACCUAUUUGAAUGGCGUUGGGCUGACAUUGCUCUUGAAUGUGAACGGUACUUAGCACCCAAUGGAUUUGGUGGAGUUCAGAUAUCACCUCCAAAUGAAAAUAUUAUAGUUACUAAUCCCUGGAGACCCUGGUGGGAAAGGUACCAGCCAAUCAGCUACAAACUGGGCACACGAUCUGGAAAUGAAAAUGAAUUUAAAAACAUGGUGACCAGGUGCAACAAUGUUGGAGUUUAUAUUUAUGUGGAUGCUGUAAUCAACCACAUGUGUGGAUCUGGUGGCGGCUCUGGAAAUGGUGCUACUUGUGGAAGUUAUUUCAAUGCAGGGAACGAAGAUUUUCCAUCUGUCCCAUACUCAAAGUCGGACUUUAACGAUGGUAAAUGUAAAACUGGAAGUGGAGAGAUUGAAAAUUACAGUGAUGUGAAUCAGGUCCGUGACUGCCGCCUGGUUGGUCUUCUUGAUCUUGCCCUGGAGAAGGACUAUGUGCGCUCGAAAGUUGCUGAAUACAUGAACAACCUCAUUGAUAUUGGUGUGGCAGGCUUCAGACUUGAUGCUUCCAAGCACAUGUGGCCUGGGGAUAUCAAGGCAGUUUUAGACAAACUGAAAAACCUAAAUACUCAAUGGUUUCCCUCAGGAACGAGGCCUUUUAUUUUCCAGGAGGUAAUUGACUUGGGUGGAGAGCCAAUUAAAGCCAGUGACUACUUUGGAAAUGGCCGAGUGACUGAAUUCAAAUAUGGUGCGAAAUUGGGGACAGUCAUCCGCAAAUGGAAUGGAGAAAAGAUGUCCUAUUUAAAGAAUUGGGGAGAAGGCUGGGGUUUCAUAGCUUCUGACAGAGCCCUUGUCUUUGUGGAUAAUCAUGACAACCAAAGGGGACAUGGUGCUGGAGGAGCAUCUAUUCUAACCUUCUUUGAUGCCAGAUUAUAUAAAAUGGCAGUUGGUUUCAUGCUUGCUCAUCCUUACGGAUUCACACGUGUAAUGUCAAGUUACCGCUGGACAAGAAAUUUCCAGAAUGGACAGGAUGUUAAUGACUGGAUAGGACCACCAAGCAAUGGUGAUGGCUCAACCAAAGCUGUUACAAUCAAUGCAGAUAGCACUUGUGGCAACGACUGGGUCUGUGAACAUAGGUGGCGUCAAAUAAGGAACAUGGUUAUUUUCCGUAAUGUGGUUGAUGGCCAGCCUUUCUCAAACUGGUGGGACAAUGGCAGCAAUCAAGUGGCUUUUGGGCGUGGUAAUAGAGGAUUCAUUGUCUUUAAUAAUGAUGACUGGUGCCAUGGAAAGGAUGAUAUGGUAAACAUGUACCAAAGAUACUAUGACGCUAGCAGACCAGGUACCAGCUCAUGCCAAGAGCCCUAUUUCUCAGCUGGAACCAGUCAGAUCACCGGUGUGUUAGUAUUGUUAAAAGAGGUAUUAGAGUUAUAAAAAUGUGCUUAGUGUUUAGACUUUAUGGACUGCUUGUAAAUUGCUGCAUGCCUUAACUGCACUUAUAAUGAACUGUCAUCCAUGUUAACGGUAAUAUUUACGUGUUUGCUCUGUAACUGUAAGUCACUAGACAGGAGAAAAGCAUUAGCAAGUGUAAACCACUAGUUUGCCUCAGGAGGUUAUCUCCUGCCCAACAAAAGAAGGACCAUAAACAUGAGAAGACAAGAGACCCCUCCCCAUGCCAUGGAAGAGGAGACAUGCAAUUGAAUUCCUCCCAACAACUGAACUCGCAACUUGAAGCAGAAGGGGGUGAAAAGGAAUAAAAAGCCCUAAUGAGAAGAAACUGUAUCUUUAUGCUGCCUGGACUCUGAGGGACAAAGAUUGCUAAGCAUAGGCAAAAGAUCCCCAUGUGUAUAUAGGUUUACUUGCAUUAACCUUGUUUAAAAACCAGGGCACAAACCCUUAAGAGGUAGUGAGUUCUAAACUUGGAUUUCAUCAAUGAACUGCACUAAGUGCAAACUCCUCAGGCACUUUAACAGCUUCAACACAGAGUCACAGACAGUCCCCUUGGGUAUUCCAGUCUGUCUUGCCACCCAGAUGAGCAUAUCUCUGUGACAGAUGGCCACUUACACCAAGAAUCACAGCAAUAUUCAGGUUACUCCUAAUCCCAAAGGCAGG